AUGGUCGGCGGCACGCGCUCUCAAGCAACAGCAGCAGCGGCCGACGUCCAGCACCAAACAGCAUUUGAACCUAGUGUUAUUGGAGUGGGCGGCGGCGGCUUGGCGGGGCUGGCAGACCAUGCAGCGGCCGCACCGCCGGCAACGUCGACUUCACGACGCAGCUCUGGGUCUUUGAAGCGGGAGCAUCCUGAUGAUGGGGAAAUGGAAGGAAGCGGGAUCUCAUCCUCCGGACAACGGACCGGGACCGGUGGCGCGGCCGACGGCAACAACACUGCUCUGCCAGACGGCAGAAAACGGCGUGCUGGGGCAGGGUCUGGCUCGCGUGGGGUUGCCAAUCUGACACCCGAGCAGCUUGCCAAGAAACGGGCAAACGACAGAGAAGCGCAGCGCGCAAUCAGGGAGCGGACACGCAACGAGAUUGAGAGCCUCAAGAGACGCAUCGAGGAGUUGACCAACCAGAAGCCCUAUCAAGAGCUCCAGGCUGUGAUCAAGGCUAAGGAGGCCGUCGAGGCCGAGAAUGCGGAAAUCAAGGAGCGUCUUGCAACCGUUAUUGGCAUGCUUCAGCCUUUGCUAGGCCCUGACGUGGUUACCGGUGUGCACAACGGUCUCUCGGCGGCUACCGAGAACCACACCGCCACCCCGCCCGUCUAUCAACAUGCCCAUUCAUCAGGCUACAUGCCCCCACAAGCAAUCUUGUCUGCCGAAUCGCCAUCCAACCAUGUCUCGACCCCGAACGGUACUGCGUCGCCUGCCGGGUCGAUUGAUAUCCCUGGCAGCCAUUCCCACCUCAAGCACAGUCAGAAUCAGCACCAACAGUGGCAACAAAAUAUGGUGUCUGAAUUUGUCACUGGAAAUCCGUCUCGCUCCUUUCACGUCCAGACCCCGAAUGGUAGUCAGGUCCCAUCAAGGUUUCAGCAACACCAAGUUUCCAACUAUUUUAAUCAACAAACGCAACAUCGUCAGCCUAACCAGCACGGACUACUCCAGCAAGUUCCUCAUCAGCAGCCGCCGCAACAAGGCAGCCAACUGCCUCAGCUUGAGGACCUCCAUUAUCGGCAACAACCUCAAUCACAACAACUGCAAGCGGCCGUUGUCGAUACAAAUAUCGAAGCCAGCUUAGACCCUAAUCUCGAUCCAAAUCUACAACCUCGACUGGACCCACGCUUAUACACAGCAUCUCCUACCGAUCCUAACGACCUGACCAUGACCUCUGGUCUUAGCGGACAAGGCAGUGCAGAAGGUAACGUCGACAAACUUGGAGAAAUUAUUCCCGAUUUCUCGACGCCGGUCAAAAAUUGCCCGCGAACUUGCCCACUUGACGGCAUGCUCCACAAUACAUUGCAAGAGCGUCGACAACGCGCCGCAGAAGGUGUCGCACCGUCAGAGAUCACUGGGCCUCGCUAUCCGUCAGUAUAUUCACUACUAAACCCGUCCGCCACACCCCCGGACGAGCGUACGUUGCAUCCGAUAUCAAAGGUCUUCACCGACAUUGUACAUGCUUUCCCUCACAUGACGGGCGAGCCAGAGCGCAUAGCAAUUCACUUCAUCAUGACUUUGUAUCUUCGCUGGCAGGUCAACCCUACGCCCGAGAAUUACGAAUUGUUGCCUCCAUGGAUACGCCCGCUGCCUUCGCAAGUAAUGCUUGCCCACCCUGUGUGGAUCGACUAUUGUCCGUUCCCACGUAUGCGGGAUAGGUUAGUCAGAGACUUUGCAAAAGCAGACGCUGCCGGACUCAAAAGCUACUGGAUGACCGAUGACGCCAAGGACAGCCUCACUAUCGGCGACAGCAGCAUAGUCAAGCAUCACAACGCGCCCUAUCCAGGAAUGGACCCCCCUGUACCAUUUAACCUCUUUGCCGGAGUCUAUACGGACACUAUAUCACUCAACUGGCCUCACAAGAAUCGAAGCUCUCUGCUGGAGAGCACCGACAACUCUAGCGACCCAGUUAUCACACCGGCCUUCGAAAGCCAUUUGAGAAACCUCGACAACUGGACCUUAGGGCCUCAGUUUUUUCAUGAUAUGCCCCACCUCAGGGGAUUGGCUAACCUCAAGACCGCGGACGGCCAGAUAAUAUUGGCAAGGAAGGCUUAG